AUGCCGAAGAAAGUCGGAACAAAGUGCGGAAACAGUUUGAAGCGAUGGUUCUCGUGUUCGUUUGACGAGAAUUCUGAAAAUGAUGCGGUGUCAUCGCGUUCAUCUUUGAUGUUGUCUGCGAAUCGGUCGAAAAAUUUGAAAUCCACGAAAUCAGCGAACAAAAAGCCAACGAAAAGCGAUUCAGAAGAUGAAAAUUUUGUCCAAAUAAUGGAUGUUGACGAUGAUGAAGUGGAAUUAAUAUGCGAAACAUCAUCGAAGUCGAAUGGAGGAGGAGUGAUCUCUGAAUCAAGAAAUGAUCAAAGCGCAAGCGUAUCGUUUAUUGAUCGAUUUGAACCGAUCAGUGCUGAUCAGUUAGCAGUUCAUAGUAAAAAGACUGAUCAGGUUUAUUCAAAGUAUAUGGGAACUGUAAUAAAAUGUCAGGUACGUCAGUGGUUGUUGAAUCAUCGAAAUGGAAUACGAAGAACUAAAAUUCUGUUGCUGACCGGCCCUUGCGGGAGUGGUAAAACGGCAACCGUAAAAGUGCUCUGUAAAGAGUUACGAAUGGAAUUGGUUGAAUGGGAAGGGAACGACCACUUUGACUUUAUGGUCGAUGAGAGUGGUGAUGAAAUCAUCGCUGAACAAUCUCAGGUGCGUGUAUUCGCGGAUUUUUUGAGAUCAGUUGAUCACAGUUCUCUGGAGCAUUCUCACUCGCAAAAAGUGGUCUUGAUCGAACAACUGCCCAAUGCUUUCUAUCGUGAACCAACGCAACUCCAUGCAGUAUUGCGCACACUUGCAGCCCAAUCGCGAUGUAUUUUUGUGUUCAUUUUGAGCACUAUCGACUCAUGUUGGGCGUUGAACUAUCGUCGUUUAUUUCCCACUAAUUUACUGCGUCAAAUUCAAUUCGAUACAAUUGCGUUCAAUCCGUCAGCGAUCACAUUUCUAACAAAAGCGAUUCGACGCGUUCUGGGUGAUCUGCAUAUUCGAAACGCAACACCGUCAUUAAUCAAACGCAUCGCUGAAUCGUCGAAUGGUGAUAUUCGUUGUGCGCUAAAUAAUCUUCAACUUUCAAUUGGUGCCGAUGGAAAAUUGCUUAAAGAUAUCAACUUGUUUGGUUCAUCAUCACAAACUGAUUCGUUUCAUUCGAUUGGGAAAAUUCUAUACGCAAAAAGGGCUGAAACCACAAAUGAAGAAUGGACGGAAAGCGAGAAUUUACUCAGCGAAUCACUAAAGAAACAUUUUCUUAGAGACACUCCACCAAAAGAUUGUUUGGAUGAUGUGAUACAGAAGACCGCGAUGAGCGGUGAUAUGAUCGUCUCGUAUAUCGAAGAACAUGAACCGUAUUUUGCGAAAUCUGUGUUCGAAAUUCGCAAAGUGUAUGAAAAUCUCAGUUUGUUGGACUCAGCUUUGGGUGCUUGGGAUAUUCGCACCAACACAUCGUUAGCUGAUUAUGAAGCGGAGGUCGCUGCAAGAUCGGCAAUUUUUUACAAUUAUGGUUGCAAAAAUACUUCGGGCCGAGGUAUGCAUACAUUCACAAAGCCACGUUGGAUGGCCACGAAAAGUCGAAUUGAAACGCUCACAAAAGAAGCACGUAAUAUUUUCCCACAAUUAACGUUUGGCGACUUAUUUAAAUUGUAA